AUGUGGUGGCACACAUUCAAUCAUGCAUCCCCUCGCAUCCCCUCCUCUCCCCUCGCAUCCCCUCCUCUCCCCUCGCAUCCCCUCCUCUCCCCUCGCAUCCCCUCCUCUCCCCUCGCAUCCCCUCCUCUCCCCUCGCAUCCCCUCCUCUCCCCUCGCAUCCCCUCCUCUCCCCUCGCAUCCCCUCCUCUCCCCUCGCAUCCCCUCCUCUCCCCUCGCAUCCCCUCCUCUCCCUUCGCAUCCCCUCCUCUCCCCUCGCAUCCCCUCCUCUCCCCUCGCAUCCCCUCCUCUCCCCUCGCAUCCCCUCCUCUCCCCUCGCAUCCCCUCCUCUCCCCUCGCAUCCCCUCCUCUCCCCUCGCAUCCCCUCCUCUCCCCUCGCAUCCCCUCCUCUCCCCCUCGCAUCCCCUCCUCUCCCCUCGCAUCCCCUCCUCUCCCCUCGCAUCCCCUCCUCUCCCCUCGCAUCCCCUCCUCUCCCCUCGCAUCCCCUCCUCUCCCCUCGCAUCCCCUCCUCUCCCCUCGCAUCCCCUCCUCUCCCCUCGCAUCCCCUCCUCUCCCCUCGCAUCCCCUCCUCUCCCCUCGCAUCCCCUCCUCUCCCCUCGCAUCCCCUCCUCUCCCCUCGCAUCCCCUCCUCUCCCCUCGCAUCCCCUCCUCUCCCCUCGCAUCCCCUCCUCUCCCCUCGCAUCCCCUCCUCUCCCCUCGCAUCCCCUCCUCUCCCCUCGCAUCCCCUCCUCUCCCCUCGCAUCCCCUCCUCUCCCCUCGCAUCCCCUCCUCUCCCCUCGCAUCCCCUCCUCUCCCCUCGCAUCCCCUCCUCUCCCCUCGCAUCCCCUCCUCUCCCCUCGCAUCCCCUCCUCUCCCCUCGCAUCCCCUCCUCUCCCCUCGCAUCCCCUCCUCUCCCCUCGCAUCCCCUCCUCUCCCCUCGCAUCCCCUCCUCUCCCCUCGCAUCCCCUCCUCUCCCCUCGCAUCCCCUCCUCUCCCCUCGCAUCCCCUCCUCUCCCCUCGCAUCCCCUCCUCUCCCCUCGCAUCCCCUCCUCUCCCCUCGCAUCCCCUCCUCUCCCCUCGCAUCCCCUCCUCUCCCCUCGCAUCCCCUCCUCUCCCCUCGCAUCCCCUCCUCUCCCCUCGCAUCCCCUCCUCUCCCCUCGCAUCCCCUCCUCUCCCCUCGCAUCCCCUCCUCCCCCUCGCAUCCCCUCCUCCCCCCUCGCAUCCCCUCCUCCCCCCUCGCAUCCCCUCCUCUCCCCUCGCAUCCCCUCCUCUCCCCUCGCAUUCCCCUCCUCUCCCCUCGCAUCCCCUCCUCUCCCCUCGCAUCCCCUCCUCUCCCCUCGCAUCCCCUCCUCUCCCCUCGCAUCCCCUCCUCUCCCCUCGCAUCCCCUCCUCUCCCCUCGCAUCCCCUCCUCUCCCCUCGCAUCCCCUCCUCUCCCCUCGCAUCCCCUCCUCCCCCCUCGCAUCCCCUCCUCCCCCCUCGCAUCCCCUCCUCCCCCCUCGCAUCCCCUCCUCCCCCCUCGCAUCCCCUCCUCCCCCCUCGCAUCCCCUCCUCCCCCCUCGCAUCCCCUCCUCCCCCCUCGCAUCCCUCCUCCCCUCCCCCCCUCGCAUCCCCUCCUCUCCCCUCGCAUCCCCUCCUCUCCCCUCGCAUCCCCUCCUCUCCCCUCGCAUCCCCUCCUCUCCCCUCGCAUCCCCUCCUCUCCCCUCGCAUCCCCUCCUCUCCCCUCGCAUCCCCUCCUCUCCCCUCGCAUCCCCUCCUCUCCCCUCGCAUCCCCUCCUCUCCCCUCGCAUCCCCUCCUCUCCCCUCGCAUCCCCUCCUCUCCCCUCGCAUCCCCUCCUCUCCCCUCGCAUCCCCUCCUCUCCCCUCGCAUCCCCUCCUCUCCCCUCGCAUCCCCUCCUCUCCCCUCGCAUCCCCUCCUCUCCCCUCGCAUCCCCUCCUCUCCCCUCGCAUCCCCUCCUCUCCCCUCGCAUCCCCUCCUCUCCCCUCGCAUCCCCUCCUCUCCCCUCGCAUCCCCUCCUCUCCCCUCGCAUCCCCUCCUCUCCCCUCGCAUCCCCUCCUCUCCCCUCGCAUCCCCUCCUCUCCCCUCGCAUCCCCUCCUCUCCCCUCGCAUCCCCUCCUCUCCCCUCCCGUCCCCUCCUCUCCCCUCCCGUUCCCUCCUGUCCCCUCCCCUCCCCUGCCCGUCCCUCCCCUCCGAUCUCUCCACCUCCAUCGCUCCCAUCCUAUCCCAUCUCUCCCUCCUCCCUCCCAUCCCUCCCCUUGCUCCGCAGAUGGCGGUGGAUAAUACAUCAAGGGAUGAGAUGAGAAGCUUGAUCUGUAUCUCAACAUCUCCUUCCCCUCCUCUCCGUCCCCUCCCCUCCCUCCCGUCCCUCCCCUCCCCUCCCUUCCCCUCCCUCCUCUCCCUUCCCUCCUCUCCCCUCCCUUUCCUCCUCUCCCCUCCCCUCCCUUCCCCUCCCUCCCAUCCCGUCCCGUCCCUCUCUUCCCUUUCCCUACGCUACCCUCCCCUUUCCCUUGCCCCGCAGAUGGCAGUGGACAAGACGCCAAGGGACGAGAAGCUCGAUGUGUAUCUCAACAUCUCCUUCCCCUCCCUGCCCUGCAACGGUGAGCGCAGCAGCGUUGACAUGCCUCUCUUCCCCAACCCUCUCCUUAAUCCCUUCCCUUGUUGUCUCCUUUCGUCCUGCCCUGCAGUGGUAUGCUUCCCACCUGUCCCCAUCCUUCUCCCCUCCCCUCCUUCCCACCAGUCCUCUCCGCUCCACUUUUUUCGCCUUCCGUUGUCCUAUUUCGCUUUUGCAAGUUCUCUGAUCAGUCUCGAUGCGCUGGACAUGUCGGGCAACCAUGAGGUGGACAUUGCAACAAACAUGUACAAGGACCCCUUCUCCCUCCUCUCCCUCCCCCCCUUCUCCCUCCACUCCCUCCCUUCCCCCCCCACUCCCCCCUCCCACCCUCUCCCCCCCCCUCAGAUUCGUCUGGACCGCCAUGGCCAGUUGGCAGACUCGCGGUGGCUCAAGGACCCCACAGGGGCAUGGCGACAGAGCAAGGGCAAGAAGCGCAAAGUUGGGGCAGACACGCGUGUGCUAUAUCUGAGAGGCAAGUCAUGCACAGACUCCCCUUCCCCUCCCCGUUCCCCUCUUACCACAGGACACACACAUGGACACACUCACGGAAAAUCUCCCACACCCCACCACGGGCAUGGGCAUGCACACGGGUACGGGCAGGCACACGUGGCAGGGGGGAAGAAGGGGAAGGCUGGGGAGGGGCAGCAGGAGGAGGAUGAGGAGGAGGAGGACGAGGAGGAGGCAGUGGGGCUGGAACAGAUGGUGCUGGAUGUGCAGAAAGCCAUGGCAGCAGGGGAGGGGUGUCAGGUAGGUGGAGUGUGUUGUGGGGGAGGUGGCAGGUGUGUGCGUAUGUGCGUUGGUGUGGGAGAGGGAGGGCAUGGAGGGGGGGGAGGCGGUGGGGCUGGACGUGCAGAAAGCCAUGGCUGCUGGGGUAUGGGGUGGGUGGCAGGUGUGUGGGGUGGGUGGCAAGUGUGUCUAUGUGCGGUGGCAUGUGAACUGUACGGCCAUCUCGCAGUGGAGAGGGUGGCAGGCAACUUCCAUGUCUCGGUGCACGGCCAGUCGUACCUUGUGUUGCAGCAGGUCUUCUCAUCAGUGGGCGAUGUGAACGUCUCUCACGUCAUCCACUCCCUCGGUUUCGGAGUGCCUUAUCCCGGCCGCCUCAACCCUCUAGACGGAUUUGUCCGCAUCCUGCCGCCCCUCAAGGAGGGGGAGGACCCUGCCCGCUCCAGUGGCACUUUCAAAUACUUCCUCAAGGUGGUGCCCACGCGCUUCCGCUUCUGGCACGGAGGCUUUGUGAAGACGAACCAGUACUCUAUCAGUGAAUACUUCACUCCCUCCUCUCCACAGUCCAACGCACUGCCAGGUGUGAACGCCACUGGCCAUUUCAACCUCCAUUACACCAUAGUUAUUCGUAACAUCACUACUGCCUCCUCCGUCCCCGAUACAAUCACACUCGUUAAGAGCAGCACUGCCUGUAACAACUCCGCCCCCACGCUCUUCUCCUUCCCUGUUGCCGCCGACGAAUGGGAGCUCGCCAACUCAACGGGCGGCCCCGCCAGGUGGGGUCUGUACACCACCGUUACUGUAGCUCGGCUCUUUGACACCUUAGAGGAUGUCGAUGCUGCUACUAUCGAGGAUAUUCUGGCCAGCGUUCCCAAUGCUACAGUGCCUGGGGACUGGGGUAACGGUGUAACCGGAUGGGGCCAGGGGUAUGGUCCUGGAAAUGGUAACGGAUAUGGAAACGGUAAUGUGCGGAGGUUUGGUGUGAGUAGUGGCAGUGUGGGGAAGAGGGUAGAGCAGCGGGGGAGGGGGUUGUGGGAGGUGGCAGAUGCAUGGUUCAAGAGCCUGUUUGCGGCUAAGGGAGUGGAGGAGGGGAGGGAGGAGAGCAGGGAGGAGGGGAGUGAGGAGGGGGGUGUUAGUGGUGGUGAUAGUGGGCCCUUGCUGGGGGUGUUCCUCUGCGGUGAUGAAUGGAUGCUGUUUGGGAGUAAUGGAGUGGGUGCUGCUGUGAGAGAGCAGUGGAGUGGGUGGGCUCUUGCUGUUGGUAGUGGGGGGAUGAUGAAUGUUUCCCUGUCCCCCCCCCCCCCCCCCCCCCCCCCCCUCCCCCUCCCCCCAGCUUCUCAAGCACACGCCCCCUUCCCAAAGAUCUCCGCCGUCCGUGUGGCUCUGGAGGUGCUGGGACCGCAGUACGAGAACAACUUCGUCGUCGAGCCGUUCGUCCAAAACUCUGCAUGCGACGCCGAAGUUGCCGCUCAGGCUGCACAGCGACUAGUAUACACGAACGUGGUCGGCGUGGUGGGUCCGGCGUGCUCCGAAGCCGUGAAGGGCGCGAACCCCGUGCUCAAGGCGGCCGGAAUUCCGUUCGUCUCGUUUGCUGCUACUGCCGACGGGUUCUCCAGCGACGUCGAGUACCCCACCUUCUUCCGCACUGUCUUCCCUGACGCGGACCAAGCGACGGCCAUCGUUUCAGUGAUCGAGCACUUCAACUUCGACCAGAUUCACCUCUUCUAUUCGGACGAGAUUUAUGGCACCUCUCUCGCAAAGGGCAUCAAGAACAUUCUGAGCGGCAAGCGCGUGGUGCAGCCGAUCAAGGUGCCGUACCCCGUCGACCCCACGGCCCUCGACCAGUACUUCGCCAACAUGAAGCCCAGCAACGCGUCCGUCUGCGUCUUCGCCACGCUGCCCAACGUCGCGGAGGCCCUGUGGGAGACGGCGUUCCGCCUGGGCCAGACAAAGUUCCCGUACUGGUACCUGGGAGCUGAUGGCGCCGUUGCGUUUGACCUUGUUGGCGAAGGCAAGGACCUUACCAACCUCACUCACGCCCUCCAGGGAGAAAUCGGCGUCGGGCCUUACAAGGGCAACUACCAUCCGCGCACGUCCCCCUUCAACCAGUUCAAGGACUUCUGGGCCACCAAGACGCACGAGGAGUACCCUGGCCUGCUCACACUCGAUGCCUCCCCCCGGUUCACUGAAGCCCGUGCCUACGUCACCAACCUGAUUGAUUCCAUUUGGGCAUUCUUUGAAGCUUUCAAGACGAUUGUUGUCGACCAAGGCAAGGAGGUGACGGCGCCACUGCUGCUGGACUGCUUCCGAGGCAUCCCCUCGCAGUGCAUCGCCUUCAAUGGCGCCUCUGGCACCGUCUCCUUCAACAGCACCACGGGCGAGAGGCAGACAGAGGUGUCUGCGCCCCAAUAUGGAUUCUACAACCUCAUUGACGUCACAUGGAAGGAGAAGAGCAAGUGGGUGCUGGGCAGCUACAAGAUCAACCCCAACCUGGACUACAUUGAGCGCCCGGGCCCUCUCCCGGCCAGCUGGAAAACGGAUCUCAUGAAGCAGAUUGCCGCCCAGCCUGCUGUCAUCCCGGCCGGCAUCGACAAGUCGCAGCCUGUUUCGGAUACUUUCGACACCCUGCCCGGCGCCAAGGAGAAGGAUUACAAUACCACCACUACCAAGGCCCCGGCACCGUCCGGUGGUGGUGGCGGGCCGAGCACGGGAGCCAUUGUUGCUCUUGUGCUGGUCAUUAUCGUAGCAGUGGGAGUGCUCGGAUAUGGUGGAUGGUACUGGUACAACCGCAACUAUCGCCACCCCGAGCACCAGACAUUCGUUCGCAUGCUUUAG